CGGGUGGUUUUACGAAUCAAAUUUCAUCAAACCCUCAACAAGAUGAGAACAUUGAUCGCUGUAAAUGUCGCGCUCGUGAUACUUCCACUCAUAGCAGCACAGAACUGUGUCAGGGAUAUCAGCAAUCCUCGCCUCGUAACAACUAGCAAGCUAGUCAGUCGGACUUACGACUGCAACUAUGAUUGCGUGUUUUCGUACACGGAGUAUGUCAACACAAGUUACAUCGACUAUGACAGUUGUUGGUUGAACUAUGAGGUGAAACAGGAGUCCGUGUGCUGCGAAGGUUACAAGCAGGAUUCCCUCGGACAAUGUAAACCAAUUUGCGUGGGAUGCAGCAAUGGUCGGUGUACCGCGCCAAAUGUGUGCAGCUGUUACGCCGGGUAUCAGGAUCAGAUGGGAGUCUGCAUUCCAGUCUGUGAGCCAAAAUGUGGCCACGGCACGUGCGUAGCACCAGGGCGGUGCUCCUGCCAUGAAGGGUACGUGAUGGAUGCGCAGAAAGGAUGCGUUCCUGUUUGUGAUCCGCCCUGCCUGAAUGGUACAUGUACUGGUGUGAACACUUGUGAAUGCUUUAGUGGAUUCCGAGAGGUCGCAACAAAGUCCAAUAAAUGCGCGCCGGAAUGUGAGCUAGAAGUAGCAGAUUGUGGCAACGGAACUUGCGUUGAGCCGAAUCGAUGCAGAUGUGCGGAAGGGUUCACAUUUGAGAACGAUCGAUGUAUUGCCCACUGUGAUCGUGCUUGCAGCAACGGAAGCUGCACCAGUCCAAAUACUUGCACUUGCAACGCCGGAUACACCAAUAACCCGGCUGAUCCAUCUGAGUGUGUUCCCUUCUGCGAUGGAGGUUGUCAAAAUGGAUCCUGCGUUGCUCCAAAUACUUGCGAGUGUAUUGGAGGGUUUGAACAGUCACAUCGAUGCGAACUUGUGUGAACCGAGCUGCGAUUCAAAGUUUAUUGAUCCCAGGAAGGGAGAGUGCAUAGCGCCUAAUGUUUUGGACUGCAAUGCGGGGUACGUGCUGGAAUAUUCCUCGAUAUCUGGGCGGACCUUUUGCAAACGCUCGCAGUGAAUGAAAAAAAAAACUGUAGAGAUAGUCAAUAAAGUCAUAUCGUCGCCGUCGUGCUAAUUUGUCGUA